AUGCUUCGAGGAACCGCCCACAACGUCCCCAAGGUUCCCCUCUUUGGGAACCCCAAGAAGCGCAAGCAGAAGCAGCAGCAGGAGCAAAAGGUCAAGGAGGAGCAGCUCCGUCUACAGGCCCUCGAGGAGGCCGAGUUCGCGACAAAGGCAGAGACCUCCGACUUUCUCACCUACUACCUCGAGCGCUCCCCCUUCAAGGACCAGUGCGACCAGAUCUCCAUCGCCUGGGAUAGCCUCCCCAGCCUCGGCGAGCUUCAGUCCUAUGGCGAGCUCGACAAGACAGAGGGCACACAGGCCUGCCGUCGACUCUUCAAGGCCGUCGUCAUCUGGGACGAUCUCGGCCUCGACCUAUGGGAGACGCUCAGCAGCAACCUUGAGCAGCAAAGGAUGUACGACGAGCUUGACGACGAUGACCUCCUCGAUGAGAUUUGCGAGGAGCCCGCCGACUGGGACUGCGCCAGCACCCCUCGCUCUCGCUCCCGCGGCAGCUCAAGAACCACCUCCUCCGACAACUUUUCCGCACGAUCGCGCCAGACAUCAACCGACAGAUACAGCCAGCGCGCAAACUCCCGAGAGUCACGGAGGGGCUCGACGACAGACCAGAUGCGACGACCAUCAACCGCCUCUGGCAAGCUCCCCGCGCGGAGAGCCACAGCGACUCACGGCAUGAUCAGCGAAUACUACGACAGCCCAUCGCGGUACCGACUACCCAAGAUCGUGCGGGUCCUAUAG